AUGGCUACUCUCGAACAAGGUGUUGCUAAUCUCAACAUUGACAAAGCAAACUUCACUUCCAACAAUUCAUCUACAGCCAGCUUGAAACACGGCUAUAUAGAUACCCCCUUCAGUGGUAAGAAGGACCAGUUUGAACAGGUUUUGGACGCACUUGACUCCACUGGUUUCAUUCCGGAGUCUUUGUUGGAAUCAGAGGCCAAGUGGUUUUACGAUUCAUUGGGAAUUGAUGAUGUGUUUUUUGCCAGACUGACCCCAGAAGAGAUUGCUGGUCAUAUUCACGCCUUGUACUCGUGUAAAGUGCAAGCUUAUGCAAAUGCAGGUGAACAACCAUUGAUUUCAUACAAGAGAGAGGCUGAAGACCAUGCAGUAUUUUUUGACACGGUGGAUGCUUUGGAUUACGCAAGAAAUCCAUUUGAAAGCUUGAUUGAUGAUAAGUAUAUCGAUCCAAGUGAUGCUGCAACCAAGAGUUAUCGUGCUGAAUAUUUUGCUGCGCCAUUAAAUUACCAAACUGAUCCUAUUUUGAAUGGAAUUUAUGCUCAAAACAAGAAUCUCGGUGAGCAAAUUGUCAGAUUGGUUUUUGUUUACAAAAAUCAAUUCAAGAAUGGUAAGGUUGCUGCUAAUGAGUUAGAUUUGGACAAGAUUGGUGAUGAAACUUUCUUGAAGAUUGCUUCACAAAAUACUAAAUCUUUAUAUGAAAGCAUUCAAAAGGAAGUUGUCGAAUCCACCGGUCCAAUUAUCAAACAUUUCCCAAUUGAAAACACUGAAGAGUACCGUGUUAUCAUUGGUUAUAGACAAAGCACAGCUGCAAGAUACAAUUCAGCAUUGAGUGAUUUGGCCAAUUACUACAAGUUACAAACUACCAGAAAAUAUGUUGAGCAGUUUGCUAAUGGCGUAACAAUCACAUCAAUGUAUGUUACUUCAAGACUGAGAUCAGCUGUUGACUUGUCAAUUUACCAAGUGAUCAAGGAGGCAUCUUUGUUGUACUGUAUUCCUCACAACUUUUUCCACACCAGAUUCAUCCAAGGCGACUUGUCUUUGCAAGAAGCCAUCUAUGCUCAAUCAGGUGUCAUUUUUGUCACUCAUUUUUUGAACCGUUUAGGUCCAGAGUACAAGAAAUUGUCUUCGUUGUUGGAUCCUUCAAAGUCGACUGAACACGCUGAAGUGUUGAGCAGUUUAAAGAAGAGAUUGAGGUCGGAGACAUACACUCAAGAGUAUAUCAAAGAAGUCUUUGAUGUGAGAAGCGAUAUUGUUCGUAAAUUGUAUCGUCAGUUUGCUGAUGUUCACUAUAUCAGGUCCUCAAUGGAAAAGACGUUGUCUUACCAAAGAUUGUCGCAAAUUCAGCCAGUUGGUUCUGAGGAAGAGUUUGAACAGUUGCUCAGCAGAGAAUGCUCACAAAAUGAGCAUCAUGCUAUUGUUUUGAGAGCUUUGUACACAUUCAACAAGUCUAUUUUGAAGACCAAUUUUUACACCUCAACCAAAGUGGCUCUAUCCUUUAGAUUGAAUCCAGCAUUUUUGCCAGAAACAGAAUACCCUGAUCGUCCAUAUGGUAUGUUUUUCGUUGUUGGUUCUGAUUUCAGAGGUUUCCACAUUAGAUUUAGAGAUAUUGCCAGGGGUGGUAUCAGAAUUGUGAGAUCAAGAAACUUGGAUGCCUACAAUGUCAAUGCUAGAAAUCUUUUUGAUGAAAACUACAAUUUGGCAAACACGCAACAACGUAAGAAUAAGGAUAUCCCUGAAGGUGGGUCCAAGGGUGUUAUUUUGUUGGAUUCCGGUUCAGCGCAAGAUCGUGCUCAAGCAAGCUUUGAAAAGUAUAUUGAUGCAUUGAUUGAUUUGCUUUUGAAACAACAUAUUCCUGGGGUUAAAGAUAGUUAUGUUGACUUGUACAAUAAGCCCGAAAUUUUGUUCUUGGGGCCCGAUGAAGGAACUGCUGGGUAUGUUGAUUGGGCUACUUUGCAUGCAAGAGAGAGGGGAGCACCAUGGUGGAAGUCUUUCUUGACCGGUAAGUCGGAGGCAAUUGGUGGUAUUCCUCAUGACGAAUAUGGUAUGACCACGUUAUCUGUUCGUGCUUAUGUCAACAAGAUUUACGAGAAGUUGAACAUUGAUGAUUCCAAGAUCCGUAAGUUUCAAACCGGUGGCCCAGAUGGUGAUUUAGGAUCUAAUGAAAUUUUGUUGUCAAGAAGAGAAAUUUAUGUCGGUAUAGUUGAUGGUUCAGGUGUCAUUGCAGAUCCAAAUGGGUUAGACAAGGAGGAGUUGGUUCGUUUGGCCAAGGCAAGAAAGACUAUUGAACAUUAUGAUCGUUCCAAAUUGUCACCUCAAGGUUACAUAGUCCUUGUUGAUGAUUUUGAUGUGACUUUACCUAGCGGACAAGUUGUCACCAGUGGGGUUGCAUUUAGAAAUACUUUCCAUUUGAAAUUGAAGGAGCAAUUUGGAACCAAUGGGGUAGAUCUUUUCGUUCCAUGCGGUGGUAGACCAGCUGCUAUUGACACCAAUAAUGUUCAUGAAUUGAUUGACGAAAAGACUGGUAAAUCAAUCAUUCCAUACUUUGUUGAAGGUGCCAACUUGUUUAUUACCCAAUCUGCGAAAUUGGUUUUGGAGAAAGCUGGUACAAUUAUUUUCAAAGAUGCAUCUACAAACAAGGGUGGUGUCACUUCUUCGUCCUUGGAAGUUUUGGCAGCAUUGGCCUUUGAUGAUAAAGGAUUCUUGGAGAAUAUGUGUGUUGAUAAACAAACUGGAGCCAAACCUCAAUUUUACCAAAAAUAUGUCAAGGGUGUGCAAGACAAGAUUGUUGCUAAUGCCAAUGCUGAGUUUGAAGCAUUGUGGAAGUUGAAGGCAGAAACUGGUACACCAUUCACCAUAUUGUCGGAUAAAUUAUCCCUUGCAAUCAACAAGUUGGGUGAUGAAUUGGCCAAUUCAAAGGAACUUUGGGACGAUGACGUUGAUUUCAGAAAUGCUGUCUUGUUGGACUCAUUGCCACAAUUGCUUUUGUCUACAGUUGGAAUCGAAAAUGUUCUUGCUAGAGUUCCACAAGCUUACUUGAAGGCUAUUUUUGCAACGUAUUUGGCAUCGCAUUUUGUGUAUUCGAGAGGCAUUGAUUCGAACCCAGCCAAAUUCUUGGAAUUCAUUAGUAAUAUCAGAAAGAGUUUUGUACAAAAGGGUUUGUUGAAGUACUGA